AUGCCUAAGCAAAGUAAAAAGCAAAGCGAGAGGGUAGUUACAAAAGCGUUAAAGGAGGAUUUGAAAAAUGUAGUUGACGAUGUUAACGUGGAAUCGCCAGUCGAAAGCAUUGACAGCAGCCCUCUUCACGAAAGAGAUGGCGAGACACCGAUUGUUUCUCGAGGUAAAAAGCGACAAGCACCAACAGAAGAUGAAGAGAACACUGGGGGAGAUUUUGGCCACGAAAUGCAGAAAAUGCUGGAAUGUUUUGGAGCUGAUAUUAGUAAAACCUUGAUAUCAAAAAGAAAAAGAUUAGAACAGUUGACACACAGCACAUUAAAAAGUACAAAUAAGAGGGUCGAAGAUAUCUGGAGAGCUCAACAAUUGGAACGAGUAAAGUUACAAGAAGAAUAUUGUAAACAAGUUGGCUCAGUAUUUUCACAGUGGGAGGUUGAUAUUGAAAAAACCAAGGAACAAGAAGAGAAAUUAACUGUUUUAUUCAAACAACAACAGAAAUUAUUUCAACAAUCUAGAAUCGUUCAAGGUCAAAGACUGAAGACUAUUCGACAGCUUCAGGAACAAUUUUCUAAGGGAAUGGAUGAAUUAGAUAAAUGUCACAUUUCACAGCAAUCUAAUGUCCAGUCGGAACUGAAGAAAGAAAUGGCUUUACUGCAGAAAAAGAUUUUAAUGGAUACGCAACAACAGGAAAUGGCUAAUGUUCGCAAAUCACUUCAAACCAUGUUGUUUUAG